AAAAACAAAGGAAGCGAUUAAUCACAUUCCCUCUUGCGCGCGUGUUGCGCAUGCGCGAGCCUCGCGCCCUCCGCUUGGAGUUCGCGCGCCCCCUGGCGCUCCUUCAGAUCUGCGCAGCCGCAGCAGCGGGCGCAGUGACAGCGAGCGGGAGGGGCCGCGUCCUCCCGUCUCCUCCCCUUCCGACUCACUUCCGCCCACUGCGCCGGAGCCCCCGCCCGGAAGGGUCGCGUUCGGACCGGGUCCUGCUCGUCUGUGUUGGAACCCCGACCCCGCCAGAAUGCCGGCCUACCACUCUUCUCUCAUGGACCCCGACACCAAACUCAUUGGAAACAUGGCACUGCUGCCCAUCAGGAGUCAGUUCAAAGGACCCGCCCCUAGAGAGACAAAAGAUACAGAUAUUGUGGAUGAAGCCAUCUAUUACUUCAAGGCCAAUGUAUUCUUCAAAAAUUACGAAAUUAAGAAUGAAGCAGACAGGACUUUGAUAUAUAUAACUCUCUACAUUUCUGAGUGUCUGAAGAAACUCCAAAAGUGCAAUUCCAAAAGCCAAGGAGAGAAAGAAAUGUAUACACUGGGAAUCACUAAUUUUCCCAUUCCUGGAGAGCCUGGUUUUCCACUAAAUGCCAUUUAUGCCAAACCUGCAAACAAACAGGAAGAUGAGGUGAUGAGAGCCUACCUGCAGCAGCUAAGGCAAGAGACUGGACUGAGACUUUGUGAAAAAGUUUUUGACCCUCAGAAUGAUAAACCCAGCAAGUGGUGGACGUGCUUUGUGAAGAGACAGUUCAUGAACAAGAGUCUGUCAGGACCCGGGCAGUGAGCAGCACCCGGCGGCCGUGUCCAGACCCCGGCGGCACUUCACGGCCCCUUGCGCACAGUCCCUGGCCUGUGUUUCCUAAAGUUUGUAGAGAAGCAAGAAGGAAGCCUGUCUGCCUGAAAAGUUCUUGGUUACGUUCGGGUACGGGAGGGGGAAGUGGGCUAUCCAAGGGUGAUGUGAACAUUUCUGCAGUAUUAAGCUGGUGCUUAAUAAUAAUAAUAAUUAAUAAAUUUCUAAUAACUUUGUUGCUUA